GACGGGACGGCUCUCUCUGUGCCGGCUGUGAAUGCUGCAGCAGCCGCGUGCGAGAAGGGUUGGCGCUGGGAGGAGGCCGCCUCGCUUCUUGGAUGGAUGAGAGCCGCGGGCCGGGAGCCCGAUCUCAUCAGCUGCAACAGCCUCCGGAGUGCCUGCGCGGCGGCGGCACUCUGGCAACGCGCCCUAGCGCCGGGCGCACGGGACGUUGUGUCCUUCACGACCAUGGUGGACGCCCUGCCAGCUGCGCACUGGCAGGGUGCGGUGCGGCUGUGUGCGGACAUGGCAGAGCAGGCCGUGCAGCCGAACGAGCUUUUCCUGGGAGCUUUCGGGGGCUUCCCGACUUCCUGGCCUUUGGCCUUGCAGUUGCUGGAGGGGCGGGCACUGUCCCUGGUGGUGCUGGUGAAGGUGCUGAAUGCUGCCGGCCAGACACAGGUGGCUUUCCGGGACCAGACAUCCCAGCUGCUGCAGAACCUGCUUCGGCACAAUUUCGACGGGCAUGACUUUAGCCAGCCGUUGGCUGCUGCCGAGGCGCUGAUGGCCUUUACCGGAGCUCUUCAGCCGGAAGUGCUGGCUUCUCUGCAGUCCCAGAUUUAUUGGCCAGCUCUGCUUCAGCUGCGCGGGCUGACGCUCCGGCCGUCGAGGGGAGGCGACGGUGCGUUCAUCUCGGACAGAGUCCUGGAGCGUCGCUUCAACCUUGGGCCCUUGACCUCUGCGGCGAUGGAGCAGCUGGGUUUGGAGCACACCGCUCCCGCUCGUUGGUCUGCUGUGGCCCGUCGCUCCUGUCGCCAAGGCGAACACGACGAGGGCGAGGGCGAGGGUGGCCUGAACGGCUUGAAGCCGGAGCCGUCUGCGCAGGCCGUGCUGGCUUGGAGCUCCUUCGCGCUGGGAAGCGCGCUACGCCGCCGGGGAGUUGUGACGAAGCCCGGGCCGGGAGCCUCGUUCUUUGGAACCUUUGGACCUGACCGGGAGGAUUUGAGACGCUUGAAGCCCGUUUUUGCUGAUCAUGAUCGGUCUGGCCAUGCUGAGCGGAUAGCCUUGUUGACUGUGUUGACUUCCUUGAAACUGCGCCCCGGUGCUUCCUAG